AUUCCCAUCAUUCCUUGUACGUAGACACUCGAUGGGAGCACUCGAUAUACAAACACCGCCCCCCACUGCCGACCCAGAAAAACACAUCCCCACGGCCGACGAAGAUGUCGACGAAGAGGAACUCUCACCCGUCGAGGAAGUCCGGCUAACCGUGGCCAACACCGACGACCCAAGCCUCCCCAUAUGGACCUUCAGGAUGUGGUUCUUGGGGUUAUUCUCCUGCGCCCUCCUCUCCUUCCUCAACCAGUUCUUCGCCUACCGGACGGAGCCUCUAAUCAUAACCCAAAUCACCGUCCAGGUGGCCAGUCUCCCCGUCGGCCGCUUCAUGGCCUCCGUUCUCCCGGAGACCAAGUUCCGGGUACCCGGGUUCGGUUCCCGGACUUUCUCGCUCAAUCCGGGUCCGUUCAACAUGAAGGAGCACGUGCUCAUUUCCAUCUUCGCUAAUGCCGGGAGUGCAUUCGGAUCGGGGUCGGCAUAUGCUGUUGGUAUCGUUACCAUAAUCAAAGCCUUCUACCACCGGAAAAUCUCGUUUCUAGCCGGUUGGCUUCUUAUCACCACUACGCAGGUAUUAGGAUACGGUUGGGCUGGGCUAUUGAGGAAGUACGUGGUGGAACCGGCGCAUAUGUGGUGGCCGGGCACUCUUGUUCAGGUUUCAUUGUUCCGGGCUUUGCAUGAACGGGAAAAGGAGCAGCGAAUGUCAAGGGCAAAGUUCUUCCUAAUUGCACUGAUUUGCAGCUUCUCAUGGUACCUGUUUCCUGGGUACCUGUUCACAACACUAACAAACAUAUCAUGGGUGUGCUGGGUAUUCUCCAAAUCAGUCACAGCUCAGCAGAUCGGCUCCGGCAUGAGAGGCCUUGGAGUGGGAGCUGUGACACUUGACUGGGCUGCUGUUUCAUCUUUCUUGUUCAGCCCCCUCAUCAGCCCUUUCUUCUCCAUUGUCAACAUUUUUGCAGGCUACAUAUUGAUACUCUACAUUGCAAUCCCUACAGCAUACUGGGGGUUUGACUUGUACAAUGCAAGUAGAUUUCCUAUUUUCUCUUCACACUUGUUUACAGCAGUAGGACAAAAAUACAACAUAUCAGCCAUUGUAAAUGACAAGUUUGAACUCGAUCAAGUGACAUAUACUGACCAAGGACGGAUUCACUUGAGCAUGUUUUUCGCUCUCACUUAUGGAUUUGGAUUCGCCACAAUCGCAUCUACCCUCACCCAUGUGUUACUCUUCUAUGGCAGGGAAAUUUAUGAGCGGUAUCAUGCUUCGUAUCGGGGUAAGGAGGAUAUUCAUACCAAAUUGAUGAGGAGGUACAAGGACAUACCUUCCUGGUGGUUCUACUUGUUGCUUGUUGUGACACUUGCAGUUUCCUUUGUACUCUGCAUAUUUUUAAAUGAUCAGAUCCAGAUGCCAUGGUGGGGGCUCCUCUUUGCCGGAGCCAUGGCCUUCACCUUCACUCUUCCAAUCAGCAUCAUAACUGCGACAACAAACCAGACACCGGGGCUAAACAUUAUCACGGAGUACGCAAUGGGUCUAAUAUACCCAGGAAGACCAAUAGCCAAUGUGUGCUUCAAAACCUAUGGCUAUAUGAGCAUGGCUCAGGCUGUCUCCUUCCUCAGUGACUUCAAGCUAGGACAUUACAUGAAGAUUCCUCCAAGAUCAAUGUUUUUAGUUCAGUUCAUAGGAACAAUUCUGGCUGCAACUGUCAACCUCGCAGUGGCAGUGUGGUUGCUCGACUCUAUUAAGAACAUAUGCCAGGAUGAUCUCCUUCCCUCGGACAGUCCCUGGACAUGUCCCGGGGACCGGGUCUUCUUUGAUGCAUCUGUAAUUUGGGGUCUGGUAGGACCGAAACGGAUAUUUGGAACUCUGGGAAACUAUGCAGCGAUGAAUUGGUUCUUCCUUGGAGGUGCAAUAGGGCCAGUUAUUGUUUGGCUGCUUCAUAAGACAUUCCCUGGGCAAUCAUGGAUUCCCUUGAUUAACCUUCCAGUCCUCCUCGGAGCAACAGGAAUGAUGCCACCAGCAACACCCUUGAACUACAAUGCCUGGAUUAUAGUUGGAACAUUUUUCAAUUUCUACAUCUUCCGCUACCGAAAGCAAUGGUGGCAGAGGUACAAUUAUGUUCUUUCAGCAGCACUGGAUGCUGGGGUGGCUUUCAUGGGUGUGCUAUUGUACUUUUCACUGGGCUUGGAAAACAAAAAUGUGUCCUGGUGGGGUACUGACGGUGAACAUUGUCCAUUAGCAACAUGUCCAACAGCCAAGGGCAUAGUGGUUGAUGGUUGUCCAGUGACCUAAUAUCUGUAUGCUUCUGUUAUAGAUCAUUUCCCUCCAAUGUUGCACAACAUAUUAGUAGCAAUUACAGUGAUACUACACACAAAGUGGAGGGAAUUUCGUGCUUUGUAGGGAUUUAUAAUGUUUCUUGUAAAUUAUCUUUCAAACGAUAUAUUUAUAUAUUUGGUACUCGUCCAAAAUAAAAAGAAUUAUGAUCUAUGUUGCUUUAAUGCAAACAU